AUGGCCGAGACGAGAGCCAACGACGCCCCGGCCAGACUCAACAGAGAGAGAUCGAGAAGGGAGAAACAUUCCUGCUGUAUGGCGGGGCACCAUGACGCGGCCGUCCACAAUCACAUCGGCUCCUUCCGGGCGUUGUUACUAGCUGAAACGGAUAGGCUGGUGAGCUCUGUCGUCGGAGGCAGCGGCGGCGGCGGCAUCCAUGCCACCACCGUGAAAGCUGUCGGAGACUUCCUGAUCAGCUUCAACGGCGAGGGCACAAUCCCUUGGGCUCGACUCUACGACUCUUUCCCGUCUUGGCAGCAGCGGUCCGGACUUCUGAAUGAAGCGUGGGACAGAGACGAAGAUCUUCACAAGGCUAAGGUGAUUUUCACGCUAAUCACCGCUGACGGAAAGGGCGCUAUCAACAGGAAGGCACUGGGGGCCGGAGGCAACUGGGAAAUCAAAAGUGGAGGCAAGAUAGGGCACGACGUCCUCCUACGCAAACUGUAUUUAAAAAAUGGCGGCUCCGUGAAAUGGAGUUCCAUCACAAUGUUCGAGUUCCAUCUCAAAAUGGAUCUCAAGAGCCCAAGAAGCCCAGCCAGUAAACCUCCUUCCAUCCUGGCUCGUCUCCUCGUUCCCCUUUGUUGUCUAGGGUCGCCGCCCGCCGCCGCCGCCGCCGGCCAAGCUACCCUUUACCAAGUCCCGCACCGCCACACCCAAACUUUACCCCGAGUUGCUAUCUGUGUGCUACAUCCGACCAACUAUCGUCAUGUUAUUCGGGAUUUGAAGAACUACGUCCUUGAGGGAGACUUUCCAGGACGAAAUCAAGCAAACCUGCAGGUGGAGCAAUACCAAGACCCUCCUUGUGAUGCUGGAUUCAGGAAUGGUCAACAUGUUGAUCACACCACUAUUCCAGCUUCUAACAGUGAGAGGGACAUUCUGGGAGCAAAUCAAGCAGACCAGAUGGCAGUGCAACACGAGGGACAUUAUUUAGUUCACAAUGUUGCUCGAUUCGGGAAUGCUACCCUGUUCAAUUACACCGCUAAUCCAGUCUCUAACAGUGAGACAAGUUAUGGCCAGCCAUCAAUUCGUUCCUCCCAGGAAGCCCCACCACCACAGGCAUUUUUGGAUGGUCUUUGUCAGUUUCUAUUUUCAGAAGAGCCUGAUGGACAACAUUCUCAUGCUGACGAAAUGGCAAUCUUUAACGUCUUCUACAAUUUACUUUGACUGGGAAUAGGAACAUGUAGGCUAUUACACCAGUCCAGGAUUCCAUGGAAACCAGACGUUAUGCCGAGACCUGAGGCCAUUGAUGCGUACAAGAUGUUGCGGGUUGUAUUUUGAAUCAUAAUAAUUUGGAUAGUUUUUGUCCCAUUUCUGGAACAAUUUUAUCCUUCGGCGUCAUCAUUUCCCAAUGAGCUUUUAGACAGCGAUAUGACAUAUAUGAGUAGCUAUGCAUAUCUUUAUGUCAUUGCAUUUUUGUAUUAGGACAUUUUGGAUAAUUUUUGUACUGUUCCUUGGACAAUGCUA